AUGGACAGCGAUUCAGAAAGUAGCUCAGAGUUCUCUGCACAGUGGAGUGAUGGAUGGAGCACGGGAUCGGAGGCUGACGAAUGUGAGACAGUAAGGCAAUCACAAGAAGUGGACAUGACAUUGUUGGAUACUGAGGGAAGUAGUAGGGUAGCAGAUGAUGCAAAGGAUCAAGGAUCUAGUUGGGCGACUGUGAGGUCAGUUGAAGAACCAAAUAAUUCCAAUCGCUGCGAGGCAGGGGUAACAGCAGAAGAUUUGGCUAUUGCUGAGUUCGAUUCAGUUGAGGAGGCAUAUGCAAGGUACGUGGAAUAUGCACGGGUUACCGGGUUUGCAGUUCGAAAGGGAGAUUCGGGAAGAGAUAAUGAAGGUAAUAUUGUGAGAAAAUUUUUCUUUUGCAACAGAGAAGGGUUGUGCGAUAAGAAACAUUACGAAAGGAUUGAUAGACAGCGGGCACACAAACCAAUUACAAGAACCAAUUGUAAUGCUCGGUUUGUGGUUCAUCUAGACAAGGGUUAUGGAAAGUGGAAGAUGAAGUCUUUCAUCGCGGAUCAUAACCAUGAACUAGCCCCAGCAGACCACACAAAUGUGAUGGCACCGCAUCGGCACAUGUCGGAAGGCGACAAGGCCCAUGUUCAUAGCUUGCACGAAGCAGUAGAGGGUGAUGCUGCUGCGGCCAUUAGCUAUCUUAAAGGGAAGACCGAACUUGAUCCCCUAGCUGUGGUACAAUACUCGUACUGUGCUGAGAACCAUUUGGGUAAUCUAUUUUGGUGUGAUGGUCAAAUGCAGCAUGACUAUGAUUGUUUUGGUGAUGUCUUGGCCUUUGACUCAACCUAUAGAAAGAAUUUAUACAAUAGGCCUUUGGUGAUUUUUUCAGGUACUAACCAUCAUAGACAGACCAUUAUAUUUGGGUUUGGGUUGCUUGAGGAUGAGAAGAUUCCUUCUCAUAAAUGGUUGCUAAGGAGUUUUUUGGAUGUAAUGAGGCAAAAGGAGCCGAUGGCUGUGGUUACCGAUGGCGACGAAUCAAUGAAGGAGGCUAUCCGGAGCGAGUUUCCUAAUGCAACACACAGACUAUGUAGUUGGCAUCUUGCUCGGAAUGCUGUCUCUAAUAUUAAGGAUGCUAAUUUUUGUAGUGCAUUCAAGACUACGGUGUAUGGAAACUUUGUGGUUGAAGAGUUUGAGAACUAUUGGGCGGAGAUGGUUGAGAGCUUUGGUUUAGAGAAUAAUGAGUGGAUUGGAAAAACAUACGAGAAGAGGGCGCAUUGGGCAAACGCCUAUCUGUGUGAUAAGUUUUGUGCAGGAGUUAGAAUAACAUCGAGAUGUGAGGGAAUCAAUUCAUCCCUCAAGAAGUUUAUUAGAUCUGGAAAUUGUCUACUUGAGCUCGUGGAGAACCUGGAUCGUGUGGUGAAGGAUUAUCGGAAUAAUGAGUUCAUGGCCGACUUCAAAAGCUUGAAUUCGGAACCGGUGAUGACAACAGGGUUGGAAAGUAUUGAGAAGGCUGUAAGCAAGGUGUAUACGCGAGAGGUAUUCUUUGAGGUUAAGAAACAAAUAGAGUCAGUUGGUGCGUUGCUCGUGCUUCAUCGUGAGACUUAUGGUACCAUUCAGAAGUUCAUGCUAAGGAAGUUCCGAAAGUCCCGUCGAGUUUAUACUGUUUUAUACGAUAGCAGUUCCGAAAAUUAUGAGUGCUCGUGCAAGUUGUGGAAUAGUCUAGGGGUCCCUUGUAGUCAUAUAUUUUGUGCGAUGAAGGAGCUUGAGAUAGAGGCAUUGCCUAGGCUAUUAGUGCUUCGCAGGUGGUGUAAAGAUGCAAAAACAUUGGUGUCAGUUGGUGAAGUUCCAGUGGCCGAUCCGGAAAAGGCGUUUCGGGUACGUUAUGGGUCUCUGUGGAGUGCAUGUAUGUCUAUGUGCUAUAUAGCCGCUCAGGAUGGAGAAAUGUACGAGAAUGUUCUUUCUCAAGUAGCAAAGUUGACGAAGGAAAUUGAGUCAGCAGGCCCACGAGGCGGAAGGAACCGAUUUGGGAGAGCAGGCGAUGACCAUGUCAACAUGCUGGAUCCAACUAUUGUAAAGUCGAAGGGUGCUCCCAGGGGCAGCACGAACGCAAAAAUGGGAAGGCGAUGUAGAAGGUGCCAUGGGCUUGGGCACGAUCGUAGGAAUUGUACUGCGAGGAACGAACAACCAGAUGAUGAGGUAGUAGGAACUAUGAACAGCCAAUCUCAUACCUCUUGUAAAAAGGUUCGACGAGGUUAGGCAUUCACCAAUUGGUGAUGUGCAUAUCAUUUAUUCAUCAAUGUCAGGCCGUUGAAUGAAGCAUGUUUGCAUUUGCCAAACCAGGGGUCCAUUUUUUUGUACUUGUUGCAGAUGCGGGUUUGAAAAUUUACGUGAAGCAGUGUCUUGUAUUGAACUCUAGUAAUGCUAAUGCGUUAUGUGUUGUGAAUUAGG